AAUGAAAUCCUUGAAACUCUAUACAAUAUUGCAAGCAAGAACAAGAUAUGGAGAUCUUAUAUAGGCAUGGGUUAUUACAACUGCUCAGUGCCUCAGCCCAUUGUACGGAAUUUGUUGGAGAAUGCAGGAUGGGUUACGCAGUAUACUCCUUACCAACCUGAGGUCUCCCAGGGCAGGCUGGAGAGCCUGCUAAAUUACCAGACUAUGGUGUGUGAUAUCACAGGAAUGGAUGUGGCUAACGCAUCUUUGCUGGAUGAGGGGACAGCUGCUGCAGAAGCCAUGCAAUUAUGUCACAGGCACAACAAAAGAAGGAAGUUCUACGUAGAUGCCCGAUGCCACCCUCAAACUAUAGCAGUGGUCCAAACUAGAGCAAAUUAUACAGGUGUUCUUACUGAGCUCAAAUUACCCCAUGAGAUGGAUUUUAGUGGAAAGGAUGUCAGUGGAGUAUUAUUUCAGUAUCCGGACACUGAAGGGAAGGUGGAAGACUUCUCUGAGCUUGUUGAAAGAGCUCAUCAGAAUGGGACUCUCACCUGCUGCGCUACUGAUCUUCUGGCUCUCUGUAUUCUGAAGCCUCCUGGAGAGUUUAGUGUAGAUGUUGUCCUGGGUAACUCUCAGAGGUUUGGCGUGCCACUCUGCUAUGGGGGACCCCACGCAGCAUUCUUUGCUGUCAAAGAAAAUCUAGUGAGAAUGAUGCCGGGCAGAAUGGUGGGCGUUACAAGAGAUGCAAAUGGAAAGGAGGUGUACCGACUUGCUUUGCAAACACGAGAGCAGCAUAUCAGGAGGGAUAAAGCUACCAGCAACAUCUGCACAGCUCAGGCUCUUCUGGCUAACAUGGCAGCUAUGUUUGGUGUAUACCAUGGGUCUGAUGGAUUAAGGCAUAUUGCAAGACGGGUACAUAAUGCUACUCUAAUCUUGGCUGAAGGUCUCAGGCGAGCUGGUCAUAAACUACAUCAUGAUCUGUUCUUUGAUACCUUGACGAUCACGUGUGGAUGCUCAGUCAAAGAGGUUCUGGACAGGGCAGCUCUUAGAAAGAUAAAUUUUCGGAUUUAUAGUGAUGGCAGACUUGGCGUAUCACUUGAUGAAACUGUAAAUGAGAAAGAUCUAGAUGACAUAUUCUGGAUUUUUGGUUGUGAGUCUUCAGCUGAGCUAAUUGCUGAGGGUAUGGGGGAGGAAAUCAAAGGCAUCCUUAGCACGCCAUUUAAGAGAACUUCCAAAUUCUUGACACAUCAGGUUUUCAACAGCUAUCACUCUGAGACAAAUAUCGUGCGGUACAUGAAAAGAUUAGAAAACAAAGAUAUUUCCCUUGUUCACAGCAUGAUUCCUUUGGGGUCCUGCACAAUGAAGCUCAACAGUUCAGCUGAACUUACACCUGUUUCAUGGAAAGAAUUUGCCAACAUCCACCCUUUUGUGCCCCUGGAUCAAGCUCAAGGAUAUCAGCAGCUUUUCAAGGAUUUAGAGAAGGACCUUUGUGAGAUUACUGGCUAUGACAAGAUCUCCUUCCAACCAAACAGCGGAGCCCAAGGAGAGUACACAGGUUUGGCUGCAAUCAAAGCUUAUUUAAAUGCAAAAGGAGAACGUCAUAGAACUGCAGGUGUUCAGUAUCUAAGAAAAUUAGCAGUGGUGGAGGUGGUCUACAGCGACCUGGACAACAAACAGGUCUCCACAGAUCUGCACGACAUCCAGUACACAUGGGCCAUGUACAGGAGGUCUGUGGAAAAUGCAUCAGUGUCAUACACCAACUCACUGGUUAUGACAGACUGGCCACAUCUUGAGAUACCAACUGUGGAGAGACUCUCAUCCCGGUUCCAGGGUGUUUCAAAGAGAAUCCCUGUACUUCUCAUCCCCACAGGCACUGUCUUGGCUGUCAGGGGUACCCUAUGGAGUCAGCCACCCCCUGCCAGAGGGAAAGGGAGCCCUAGGUGCACUCCACAAGGCCCACCUCAGCCUCCAACGCAGACAACUAUAGGCAUUCCCCUGUCACUCCACAAAUCCAGAUGGGUCCUGCCGCCUCCUACCCUGAUGGCAUUAUGGUACACUGUGUGCCAGUAUCUGCCAAAGCCUUAUACCCCUGUGGAUCCAAUGUGCCAAGCCAUCGAAGCCAUACAGUUCAUGAAACUUUGCUGCUGGUUGCUUUUCACUGUAUUGGCAGCACCUGGUGCAGCAGCCUUCUCGAUUGGUCUCUUCUUAGUGGCUGUCUGCAGUUUGGAUGCUGUGAGUGCACUGUCUCUCUUCGUCAUGUCCUACCCCAGUCAUGCAGGAAGAACCAGCAGACUGAAAGACCCCUCUUAUAAAGACGAGUACAAGGACAAGGCAAGUAUACAAUGA